CUUUGGCGUCGAGUCCCACCCAUUUGUUUACAUUACCUUGCCUUUUGCGCACAAUAACAGAAGGCGACUAGAGCUUUGUCUUUUAGGACGGUGGACUUCCCCCCCGAUGCCGAACCAAAACCUUGUGAUUGGCUAGACCGACGUAUAAAUAUUACACCAGCCGUCGUAUUAAGGUUCAUACGCGGAACUGUACCCAGAACAGCGAGACGCACUGACAGCUACCUUACAGUGGAUCCGGCCUUUAACAUUUUAACUGCGCAACACAUUUUUUUUUACAGCGAAUUGGGCUGAAAGUAAGUCGUGAGAAGCCUCAACUAUGUCUAUGACCGUGAAAGCCUAUCUCCUUGGGAAGGAACACAUGCCGAAAGAAAUUCGUCGCUUUGCCGUCGACCAAGAUGUUUCAACGAGUUUUGAGUAUUUGAAUCGAAAGGUUGUUGAUGUUUUCUCAACACUGCGAAAUGUCCCCUACCAAAUGUUUUACAAAGACGAGGACGGUGACAUGAUCGCCUUCUCCACCGACGAUGAGCUCAUCAUGGGCCUCACCUGCAUCAAGGACGACACCUUCCGCCUCUUCAUCAAGGAGAAGAAGGAGCACAGGCGUGAGUUCCCUGCUUUUGCUUUCCCGGGCGGUGUCCCUCCUUUCGCCUUCCCCCCUCACCCUGGAGCACCCCAUAUGGGGCCCCCUCCACCCCAUGGCCCACCACUUCAUGGUCAUGGCCCUCACGGGCCCCCCAUGGUGCACCCCAACGUGACCUGUGAUGAAUGCGAGGGCCCGGUGGCAGGGACCCGUUUCAAGUGCACUGUGUGCUCCAACUACGACCUAUGCUCCCCGUGCCAGGCCAAAGGACUCCACAAGGAACACGUCCUCCUACCCAUCUGGCACCCCUUCAACAACACAUUUGAGUGGUUCCCUCGUGGGAAGUGGAUGCGGAAGAUGAGACACUGCAUGUGGGCUCAGGCCCAAAGCCAGGCCCAGCCUGGUCCCUCUGGGUCCCAGCCUGGUCCCUCUGGGUCCCAGCCAGGCCAGGCGGCCCCCGAGGACAGUCAGCCAUCCUCUGAUGCCUCAUCUGCUUCCUCCCAGCAGUCCCAGGCAAAUAUGGAUUACCUAAAGAACAUUGGAGAAGGGGUGGCAGCCAUGCUUAGCCCACUGGGUAUCGAUGUGGAUAUUGACGUGGAGCACGAGGGGAAGAGGACCAAGGUGAUGACCCCCAACCCGACCCCACCCGGGUCAGGAGGCCACCCUGGUGCUAGGAGUGACAACGGGACAGGGUGGUCUGAGGGAGCAGGGGCAAACGAUGGAGACAUGGAGGUGGACGAGCUGAGCAGCCUGGGGAGCGCCAGUGGUUUGGCUAAGGGUGGUAAAGACACUGGGGGCAGUGGUGACGAGGAAUGGACUCACGUGACCUCCAAGGAGGUGGACCCCUCUACUGGAGAGCUCCAGUCUCUCAGGGUGGGUGAGGAGGGCUCACUGGAAGCCCUAGGGUCCCUCACCCCUUCCCAGGGUCCCUCACAGGAACCACUGAAGUCCCUCACUCUCGCUGAGGCCGCAGCCUACCCCCACUUGCCUCAAGAUGCAGACCCACGCCUGGUGGAGUCGCUGUCCCAGAUGCUGUCCAUGGGCUUCACAGACGAGGGUGGCUGGCUCACCCGUCUUCUCCACACCAAGGACUGCGACGUUGGGGCUGCCCUGGACACCAUUCACUACUCCAAACCCCCCAAGAAGUAAAGGGGCCUAAACAAAGAACCCUGAGGCACACCACUCCUCCAUCCCCCUAUCAUAGCCAUUUCACCAAUACUGCCUUCUCUUGUCCCUCUAAUCUAUUUCACAGAUCUCUGGCAAUAGUCUUAGAUCUGAAUAUGUAAUGGAAAAUCUCUUGCUAUUUUAAGAUAUCUAUUGUACUGACACUUAAGUAUAAAGGAUUUACUAAUCUGUUAUUUAUCUUCAUGAUAAUGACUUUCUAUAACCGUUAACAGAUGCAUGGGUUCAUUUUUAAAUUGUAUUGAAAAUAAUCAGUAACAAAUGUUAACAUAUAGUAUCAGAAUAUUAACUCGAGCUAGUACCAAGCAAGUUGUCGAUUAAUCGAGUUGAUUCUUACAUUUAUUUAGUGUUAUUAUUGCCAGACAAACUGUUAUGUCCAUUAUCAGUGUCAACAGCAUCAAGUGAAGGGUGUGAAUCAUGACUGUGUAACACUGAAAACAUUUCUCUCCCCGUCAAGACCAAAUAAAAUACUUCUGCAAAGAAA